AUGGGCUCCGUCGCAUCUCCCCAGGAGCAGGACCGCCAUACCUUCUACGGUGGCAAGGCACAGCAGUCGGCCGACAGCCCCGGCACAUUCCAGACGGUCGACCCGUCGACGGCCAAACCAACAGCCACCAUCCACACAUCGUCCCGCCAGUCCGUCGACGCCGCCAUCGCCAGCGCGGCAUCCGCCUUCCCGUCAUGGUCGGCCACGCCGCCCAUCGAGCGCAGCCGCGUCCUGCACCGCGCCGUGGCCCUGCUGCGUGAGCGCAACGACGAGCUGGCCCGCGUCGAGACCCUGGACACGGGCAAGCCCUUCUCCGAGACCUCGACCGUCGACGUCGUCACGGGCGCCGACGUGCUCGAGUACUACGCCUCGCUGGUCGCCUCGGGCGGGCUCAACGGCGAGAGCUUCCGCCUGCGGCCCGAGGCGUCCGUCACCACCACCAAGGAGCCCCUGGGCGUGUGCGCCGCCAUCGGCGCCUGGAACUACCCCAUCCAGAUCGCCCUGUGGAAGUCGGCCCCUUGCCUGGCCGCGGGCAACACACUCGUCUACAAGCCGAGCGAGUUCACCCCGCUGCACGCCCAGCGCCUCGCAGAGGCCUACCGCGACGCCGGCCUCCCCGACGGCGUCUUCAACGUCGUCUACGGCGCCGGCGACGUCGGCGCCCAGCUGUCGGCGCACCCGCGCGUCGCAAAGGUCAGCUUCACGGGGCAGGUCUCCACGGGGAAGAAGGUCGCCGGCGCCGCGGCGGGCGGGAUGAAGUACGUGACCAUGGAGCUGGGCGGCAAGAGCCCCGUCGUCGUGCUGCCGGACUGCGACGUGGGGGCCGCCGUCGACGGCGCCAUGAUGGCCAACUUCUUCAGCUCGGGCCAGGUCUGCACCAACGGCACCAGGGUCUUCGUCCCGCGCGCAUUGCAAGCCGAGUUCGAGCGCGUGCUGGUCGACAGGAUGCAGUACAUACGCGCCGGCGACCUGUUCGACCCCAACACAAACUUCGGCCCGCUCAGCAGCGCGACGCACCGCGACAAGGUCGUCAGCUACAUCCGCCACGGAAUCGAGGCGGACAAGGCGCGGCUGCUGUACGGCGGCAACACCUCCCCCGGCGCGGUGAGCGUGCCGGCCCCCCUCAAGGAUGGGUACUGGGUCCAGCCCACCGUGUUCACCGACUGCACGGAGGACAUGAAGGUCGUGCGCGAGGAGAUCUUCGGCCCCGUCAUGUGCAUCCUGCCCUACGACACCCUCGACGAGGCCGUCAGGAAGGCGAACAACACGGACAUGGGCCUGGCGGCGGGCGUCUUCGGGAAGGAUAUCAACCAGUGCCACCAGGUCAUCGCCCAGCUCGAGGCAGGCAUCACGUGGGUCAACACAUGGGGCGAGUCGCCCGCGGAGAUGGCCGUGGGCGGGUGGAAGCUGAGCGGGCUGGGCGUGGAGAACGGCAGGAAGGGGCUCGAGAACUGGACGAGGAACAAGAGCACGCUCAUCGAGAUGAGCGGUACUGUGCCUACCGUGUUUGCGAAGCUGUAA